ACAUCAAACGGUGUGUACGGCUUUACUUUUUUUUUAGUUGUACAUCGAAAUAGAGUGACUUCAGCAUGUUUGAUUUGUAUCGUUGGAAAGCGUUUUUAUUAUACCUUAUAAUGGUAUUUUGUUUUAGUGUGAAAUGUAUUGAAUUAAAUUGCAAUUAUUUAAAUGAAUUACAUACAUCGUCACGAACACAUCUUUUGUUAGACCAAUUGCAACAUUUUGAUGCUAUUCAGUUUGACAAUUGUGAUUUAAGGGCUUUGCCAAGCGGUUCGUUUUUGAAAACAUCAAACCUGAAAAAACUGUCGUUGGAACACAAUAGAUUGACCAAAAUCCCUUUGACAUUCUUCAAACAUCAAGUGAACCUAAUUGAACUGAAUUUGGCACACAACGAAUUGCAAACACUUCAUAAUGACAUUUUCAACGAAAACAAACGUCUGGUCGUAUUGCAUCUAUCGUACAAUCGUCUCAGUAACAUAUCAAGGUCAUUGAUAUCUGAAUUAGAGCAUUUGCAAUUUCUGUAUUUGGAUAAUAAUAAUUUACACACCAUACAUAUGACUGCAUUGGAUGGCACCGACUUGAGAUUAUUACACCUGCAAAAUAAUAUGUUGAACUUUAAAAAUUUCGGCGAAACGUGGGAUGUUGAGAGAGCAUCACCGUUUCAAACUUUAGAUCAAUUGGAAGAGUUGAACAUGCGAAACAAUUCAAUGACUACAUUCUUACAUGAUUGGCAUACAUCGAAUCUUGCACUAAGUAAAUUAGAUGUAAGCAACAACAAGAUCGAACUGCUUGAUUUUCGAUUUAUUUUCAACAAUUGGACCAAUCCAAUUCGUAUAAAUGUGUCACGUAACAAUAUCAAAGCAUUGAAUGUACAUCAUGAUUUUACACUUAUUGAAAAUGAAUCACAAGUCGAAUGGAUUUUAAACAAUAAUCCAUUGCAAUGUGAUUGUUUGCUCAUUCAUUUUGCCACAGCGUUGCGUAAUCAAUCGUUGAGUUUACAAAAAAAUCGCAUUAAAUUCAUCACAAAUCAUUUGAAAUGUUCUACGCCACAGCAAUUCGCAGAGAAACCGCUUGAAAAUAUUCAAUUGACCGAAUUUACUUGUUCGUUGCCUUAUACCAAUUGCCCUAAUCGAUGCUCAUGUUAUGUACGUCCCGUCAAUACAGCAGCUGUUUACAAUUGUUCGAAUGCAAAUUUAACAAAAAUUCCUGACAUACAAAGCGUUCGCCAUUAUUUGGGAUUAAAAUUGCCACUUAUUGAACUGUACAUCGAGAAUAAUAAUAUUACCUUAUUGGAAAUGGGCAAUGUAACCGACAAAAACUAUGUAAAUCACAUUUACGCUAAGAACAAUUUUAUGGAAAAUGUUAACGCUGAAAAUUUGCCGAAUAAUUUAAUGGUGCUAGAUUUAUCGGGCAAUAAAUUAAAACGGAUUAGUUUGGAGGCAUUAGAUAAGCUCAGUCACAUGAACAACCUUCAAAAUAUUUCAUUUGGAGAGAAUCCAUGGAUUUGUGAUUGUAUUGCAUAUAAGACAAUGAAGUCCAUUAAAAAUCAAUUCGCAAAAAUUAUGAACGUCAACGACUUCAUCUGUGAAAAUGAUAAGGAGUUGAACAUGAUCGAUGCAAAGCAACUGUGCCCGAUCGAUAAGACACCAAUAUUGAUAAUCCUAAUUAUAUUGGUUGCAUUGACUUCGUUGUGCACAACAUUUUUUUACAUGAAACAACAAGAGAUGAUGGUUUGGCUAUUUUCGAAAAAUGCAACAUGGUUUUUUGGCAAACAAUCAAAUGUCGAUUGCAACAAAGAAUACGACGCUUUCAUAUGGUAUGCAACGUUAGAUGAAAAAUUUGUCGCCAAUGAUGUGAUGCCACAAUUGGAGAAUAUCGGGCCAAAAUCGUUGAAAAUCUGCUUGUUAGUGCGAGAAAUGCAAGGCGGUGACAUCGUGCCAGAUCAGAUCGCAAAAUGUGUGGAAAAAUCACGUCAAACUAUUGUAAUUUUAUCACCUAACUCCAUUGAAUAUUUUGAUAAGCUAAAGCAACGUGAAACAAAGGGUCAACACUCGGACAUUGAUGUUUGGGGAUUGAUGGGAUUUCGUGUUGCUCAUCAAAACGCCUUGAAUGAAAAACGUUCGCGUGUCGUCAUAAUAACAAAGGGAGACAUAGGACGUAUCAAACAUUUUCAAUCGGAAAUAAGAGCAUAUUUAACUGCAAACAUCAAUUUGCAUUGGGGUGAAGAACGCUUCUUCGAUAAACUCCGUUUGGCAAUUGCACAUCCAAAAUAUUUCAAAGAUAAACGUCAUACAAACACUAUCGAAACAAUUUAAUACUUUCACAACGUCCGUUGUAAACAGUUAAACAUGAUUUGGUUUUGGUUAAUUUUUAUUUAGAAAUCGUUUAAGUAACAAAUGUUAGAAUAUUUUUUAGUCGUUUUAUAUCAGUAGAAGUUAAGACGUGCUUUUGUUGACUGUUCAUUGUUUUUCAAAUUUAAGUUUUUAUAUUUAAAC